AUGACUUCUCCUGCUGAAGCUGCGUCUCCUGUAGAGACAGGCGUGGAUGCCGCUGUUGCGCGUCGCGUGGUGAGGAAGAUUGACCGGGUGAUCAUCCCGCUGCUGUUUGUCACGUACAUGUUGAACUUCAUGGACAAGGUCAUCCUGUCGAGUGCCGCCGUCUUUGGCCUGCGCGAUGACACGCACCUCGUCGGACAGCAGUACAGCUGGGUCAGCAGCAUCUUCUACUUUGGCUACCUCAUCUGGGAGUAUCCCACUACCAUCCUCAUCACCCGUCUCCCCACGGCAAAGUACCUCUCCGUCAACACCCUCAUCUGGGGCGCUGUCGUGGCCCUGACGGCGGCAUGCACCAACUUUGGCGGCCUCAUGGCCGUCCGGUUCCUGCUGGGCAUGGCCGAGGCCACCAUCACGCCGGCCUUUAUGUUCCUGACGUCGACCUGGUAUACGCGCGACGAGAUGCCGGUCCGAGUGGGCAUCUGGUUUGCGGGAAACUCCAUUGGCGGCAUCCUCUCGAGUCUGAUUGCCUUUGGGCUCGGCCAUAUCGAGGACAGCGUGCAUCCGUGGCGGUGGAUGUACAUUGUCCUCGGCGUUGCCACGUUCCUCUGGAGCAUCCCCAUGUUCUUCCUGCUGCCCGACAGCAUCUCCAAGGCCAAGUUCCUGACGCCCGAGGAGCGACAGAUUGCCGCUGACCGCACCGUCAUUGCCGGAACUGGGCGCACCGAGAACGCGCACUGGAUAUGGGAUCAAGUCAUUGAGUGUCUCAUCGAUCCCAAGACGUGGCUCAUCUUCCUCAUUGAGCUUGUCAGCCAGAUUCCCAACAGCGGCACGCAGAGCUUUUCCAACAUCAUCAUCUCCUCGUUCGACUUCACCUCGCUGCAGUCCACCCUCAUCAACAUCCCCUAUUCGAUCAUCACAGCUGGCAUCAUUGCCGGAGCCGGAUGGCUCGCUGGACGAUACCGCACGCUCAACUGCCUCCUCAUCGUCGUCGUCCUCAUCCCCUGCGUUGUGGGCUCGGCCGUCAUCUACCGCCGUGACAGCGUGCCCCAUGGCGUGCAACUGUUUGCUUACUUCCUCCUCUCUCCUGCUCCGGCCGCGAUGCCUCUCAACAUGGCCCUCGUGCAGUCCAACUACCGCGGCGUGACCAAGAAGAUGACCGUCACGGCCAUGCUCUUCUUGGCGUAUUGCGCGGGCAACAUCUCUGGUCCGCAAUUCUUUCGUGCAACUGAGGCACCGACAUACGAGACUGCCUUUAAGACGAUCAUGAUCUGCUACUCCAUCGUCAUCGUUCUGGCGGUGACAUUGAGGUGCUACCUGCAGUGGUCCAAUGCGAAGCGGACCAGGGAAGAGGGGUUCGUGGGUAAUGCUGGCUCGGCUGGUGCGGUGGCUGAUGGAAAGGUGUCUGAUGUCCUGGAUGGCAAGGAUGUUGCAGAGGCGGUUACAGAGAUUCGGCUGAGGCCGGAGGACUAUGAGGAUGUGACGGACUGGAAGACGGUGGGCUUUCGGUAUAGACUGUAG